AUGGGUGAUAUGGCCAACAGCACGGUGGAGUUUUACCCCAAGCGGGGUGGAGGAGGCGCAGAAGCCAACCAUGCUGGUGACUUCGGGGUGUCGUUGGAUGAGCUCCGGAACCUGAUGGAGCUGAGAGGAGCUGAAGCCUUGCAGAAAAUCCAGGAAAGCUUUACAGAUGUAGAAGGCCUAUGUCAGAGACUCAAGUCUUCCACAACUGAUGGUUUGUCAGAUAACCCAACAGAUCUGGAGAAGCGCAGACAGACAUUUGGACAAAACUUUAUUCCCCCGAAAAAGCCCAAGACCUUCCUUCAGUUGGUGUGGGAGGCAUUACAAGACGUGACCCUCAUCAUCCUGGAGUUGGCAGCCAUCAUCUCCCUAGCCCUGUCCUUCUAUCAGCCACCCGGAGAGGACAGUGAGGUCUGUGGGAAAGGUGCAGGAGGAGCCGAAGAUGAAGGCGAGGCGGAGGCCGGAUGGAUUGAAGGCGCAGCCAUCCUGUUAUCUGUCAUUUGUGUGGUGCUGGUGACGGCUUUCAAUGACUGGAGCAAAGAGAAACAGUUUCGGGGUCUGCAGAGCCGCAUAGAGCUGGAGCAGCGCUUUGCUGUGGUGCGCAAUGGAAACGUCAUUCAGAUCCCCGUCGCUGAGAUGGUGGUUGGGGACAUGGCGCAGGUCAAAUACGGUGACCUCUUACCUGCUGACGGGGUCUUGGUUCAGGGAAACGACCUAAAAAUUGAUGAAAGCUCUUUGACUGGUGAAUCAGACCAUGUGCGGAAGUCGGUUGAGAAGGACCCUAUGCUUCUCUCUGGUACUCAUGUGAUGGAGGGUUCGGGAAGGAUGCUGGUGACUGCGGUAGGAGUGAACUCUCAGAGCGGCAUCAUAUUCACUCUACUGGGAGCUGGAGAAGGAGAAGAGGAGAAGAAAGAGAAGAAAGGCAAGCAGCCAGAAGCAGCUGUGGAGACCAAUCAGAAUAAAGCCAAAAAGCAGGAUGGAGCCGUUGCGAUGGAGAUGCAGCCCCUGAAGAGCGCGGAGGGUGGAGAAGUGGAGGAGAGAGAGAAGAAGAAAGCCAACGUGCCCAAGAAGGAGAAAUCUGUACUGCAGGGCAAACUCACCAAACUGGCUGUACAGAUUGGCAAAGCAGGUCUUGUGAUGUCAGCCAUCACAGUUAUCAUCCUGGUGCUGUACUUUGUGAUUGACACGUUUGUAGUGGGUAACAUGACCUGGUUGCCCGAGUGUACGCCCAUCUACGUGCAGUAUUUUGUCAAAUUCUUUAUCAUCGGUGUGACUGUGCUGGUAGUGGCUGUGCCUGAGGGUCUUCCCCUCGCUGUUACCAUCUCUCUGGCCUAUUCGGUUAAGAAAAUGAUGAAGGACAAUAAUCUUGUGCGUCACUUGGAUGCCUGUGAGACAAUGGGCAAUGCCACUGCCAUCUGCUCCGACAAGACUGGCACCCUCACCACCAAUCGCAUGACUGUAGUGCAGUCUUACAUAAACGACCAGCACUUCCGAGAGAUCCCGGACCCCAGCCAGAUCAGCCCCAACACGCUUGAGAUGAUCGUCAAUGCCAUUUCUAUCAAUUGCGCCUAUACCUCCAAGAUCAUGCCACCAGAUGUGGAAGGUGGUCUGCCCAAGCAAGUUGGUAAUAAGACCGAAUGUGGUCUGCUGGGUUUCCUACUGGACUUGAAGAGAGACUACGCCCCUGUGAGAGAGCAGAUCCCAGAGGAGAAGCUCUACAAAGUCUACACUUUCAACUCAGUACGCAAGUCCAUGAGCACUGUGGUGCAGAUGCCGGAUGGAAGCUUCCGACUCUACAGCAAAGGAGCCUCUGAGAUCGUUUUGAAAAAAUGUUCCUCCAUACUUGGUACCAAUGGCGAAGCACGAAACUUUAGACCACGAGAUCGGGAUGAGAUGGUGAAGAAAGUGAUUGAGCCUAUGGCAUGCGAAGGCCUGCGAACAAUCUGCAUCGGUUAUCGUGAUCUUCCUGGCGACCCAGAGCCUGAGUGGGAGAAUGAAGCUGAAAUUGUCACUGAUCUGACCUGCAUUGCUGUCGUCGGGAUUGAGGAUCCUGUUCGACCAGAGGUCCCUGAUGCCAUUCGCAAGUGUCAGAGGGCAGGCAUCACUGUGCGCAUGGUCACCGGUGACAACAUCAACACGGCACGAGCCAUUGCUUCCAAGUGUGGCAUCAUUCAGCCUGGGGAUGACUUUCUGUGCCUGGAGGGUAAAGACUUCAACCGGAGAAUCAGAAAUGAGAAAGGAGAGAUUGAGCAGGAGAGGAUUGAUAAGAUUUGGCCCAAGCUUAGAGUUCUUGCACGUUCGUCCCCCACUGACAAACACACUCUUGUAAAAGGCAUCAUUGACAGCACUGUGUUGGAGCAGAGACAGGUGGUGGCCGUAACCGGCGAUGGGACCAAUGACGGACCGGCUCUCAAGAAGGCAGAUGUGGGCUUUGCUAUGGGUAUAGCAGGCACUGAUGUAGCGAAAGAAGCCUCUGACAUCAUCCUGACCGAUGAUAACUUCUCCAGCAUCGUGAAGGCUGUCAUGUGGGGGAGAAAUGUGUAUGACAGCAUCUCCAAGUUUCUGCAGUUUCAGCUUACUGUCAAUGUAGUGGCCGUCAUCGUAGCGUUCACCGGGGCCUGCAUUACACAGGACUCUCCACUAAAAGCAGUGCAGAUGUUGUGGGUCAAUCUGAUCAUGGACACGUUUGCGUCUUUGGCUCUUGCCACCGAGCCGCCCACUGAAGCCCUUCUCCUUAGAAAACCUUACGGCCGAAACAACCCCCUCAUCUCGCUUACAAUGAUGAAGAACAUCCUGGGUCAUGGAGUCUAUCAGCUCGUCAUCAUCUUCACCCUGCUGUUUGUCGGGGAGAAGAUCUUCAACAUUGACAGUGGUCGUUAUGCCCAAUUACACUCGCCCCCAUCUGAACACUACACCAUCAUCUUCAACACCUUUGUCCUGAUGCAGCUCUUCAACGAGAUCAACGCGCGCAAGAUUCAUGGUGAAAGGAACGUGUUCGACGGCAUCUUCGCAAACCCAAUCUUCUGCAGCAUUGUUCUAGGAACAUUCGGAGUGCAGGUUGUGAUUGUGCAGUUUGGAGGAAAGCCCUUCAGCUGUGCCCCUCUCAAUGUGGAGCAGUGGCUGUGGUGCCUCUUCGUGGGAGUUGGAGAACUGCUGUGGGGUCAGGUGAUCGCCACAGUGCCCACUAGUCACCUGAAGUGUCUGAAGGAAGCGGGCCACGGGCCAGGCACAGACGAGAUGACGGAGGACGAGCUGGCUGAGGAUGAAGAGGAGAUUGACCACGCUGAGAGAGAGCUGCGCAGGGGGCAGAUCCUCUGGUUUAGAGGCCUUAACCGUAUCCAGACUCAGAUGGAGGUAGUGAGUACGUUCAAGAGAAGUGGUUCGUUUCAGGGUGCAGUGAGACGUCGCUCCUCAGUGCUCAGCCAGCUCCAUGACGUAACCAAUAUUUCUACCCCCACUCAUGUAGUUCUCUCCACUGCCAAUGCAAGCGCCGCUCCUGGGAAUGCGGGUAGUGAAAGCGUUCCGUAGCUCCCUUUAUGACGGAAUCGAGAAACCCGCGUCCCGGAAUUCCAUCCACAACUUCAUGGCGCACCCUGAGUUUCUCAUCAACGACUACAUUCACAACAUCCCGCUGAUCGACGACACCGACAUUGACGAAGAAUCAGAGUGGUCAAGGCACAACCACCAGUUGCAUCCGGCCUUCCGAAAGCCCCCUCCUCCUCCAGUCCAGCAACCGCAGCGCUCCCGCCCUCCGCCCCGUCCCUACCGCCAGUACAGCCUCCCUGCCACACCAAACCGAAACAACAACGCCAUCGAGAGCACCGUCUACCACCUGAACCUCCCCACAGGCCCCGAAGGCCACUGGACAUCCCCGCCCCAAAAGCUAAAUCCCCUCCUCGCCCUGGAGACCUCACUAUGACUGAGGGACGAGACCCUAAAAACUUUGAGGAUCUGUGUGGAUCAGGCUGAUGGGGGAGGCUCCUAAGGACAUAUUUUAGGUGGUUGACCCCCAACACUAUGACAGGGUCAUCUCAUUACAAUCAUCUGCCCACUACCACCACCAUCCACCGGAAGCACUAUCACUCCUCUUGUCUCGACAACAGCCCCACAGACACCUCUCUUCUCACCGUGUGGAGAGGAGGUCAGUCUGCUGUGUGUCUGUGGUUCCUUUGGACGGACCUGAGUAGGUGAGGGAUCCAGAUCUGAUGGAUUUUAGUGCUGGUGACUUUUGACUUCUCCGAAUGCAAAGGAAUUCGUUCCCUACGUGUGGAGUAGGGGUCCAUUCACUUUACUUUUAUCGGUGUUACUGAACUCGAUAUUAUGAUUACUAUCAUUUUUGACUUCUACUAUAGCCACCUUCAUCAUGAGUGCUCGGAUUUCAUUACGAUAUCACAGAAUACUACUUUUAUUACUCUGAGUAAUGCUUUAUGGAUUAGCUUUAAAACAUGUUUGUUUAUUUAUUUAUUUAUGUGCUCAUUUAUUUAUUGUGAUCACCAACUUUUAUUUUUCAAUGUCUGUUUCUCUCUCUAAGUGUCUGUGUGUGUGUGUGUGUGUUGUAUCUGUCUUAAAAGCAUAACAAGC